CCUUUUACUCAUCAAAAACCCACACAACACCACUUUCAGCUCUGUCCGCCCGUUUUCUUUCUCUUUUUCUGUCUCUAAAUUCCCAAGGAACCGUUACCAAACACCAAUGGAGGCUCCGGAGAUCUUCUUUGGCGGCUAUUUUUCAGCCCCAGGAAACAAGGAUUUCUCGCCGGAAAAUUGUUUCUCCGAUCACAAACCGUUUGGUAAUAACCAAUUCACCAUUGACGACCUGCUCGACUUCUCCAAAGACGAUCAAGUUAUUAUGAACGAUGCUUUCUUCGACAAUCUUCCCCGGAAUUCUGCUGAUUCUUCGACCGUCAUGGUCGUUGAUGGCUGCAAUGCGUCGGUUUCCGGCAACGAAUCUCAGUUCUCCGGCAAUUUUGUUCGCCGGAGUUUUACUGAUGCUCAAUUCUCUGGCGAACUCUGCGUUCCGUACGACGACGUGGCUGAGCUGGAAUGGCUCUCGAACUUCGUGGACGACUCAUUCUCUACCGACAACUUACAAAACCUCCAACAAAUCUCCACCACCGCAAAACCUCCCACCGACACCUCAUCAUCCGAAACGCCACGGGACUUUCGGCCCAAGACAUCCACAAACCGACACAACCCGCCGAUAUUCACUCCCGACGUGUCAGUCCCAGGCAAACCCCGAAGCAAACGCUCACGCGCCGCCCCUUGCGACUGGUCCUCCCGCCUUCUCAUCCUCUCACCCACCUCCGAGCCAAAUGAAACGACGCCGUCGAAGAAGAGGUACACCGCCGAGACUUCAGGCCGAAAAUGCCUGCAUUGCGCCUCCGAGAAGACUCCGCAGUGGCGGGCCGGACCUAUGGGUCCGAAAACGCUGUGUAAUGCGUGUGGGGUCCGGUACAAUUCUGGCCGGUUGGUACCCGAGUACCGACCCGCUGCGAGUCCGACCUUUGUAUCGACGAAACACUCCAACUCGCAUAGGAAGGUUGUCGAACUCAGGAGACAGAAGGAGCAACAGCUGCUCAGUCAAAGCUCAGGUUUUGGCGUAUCCAACGGUCAAGAAUACUUGAUUCAUCAUCAAAGUGGCCUUGAUUACAGGCAUAUGUUGGAGUAUUAGGGUGGAACUUUUGAGUUUUGAUAUUCGAAUUUCUAGGGGAGUUGAAAUUGUUUACUAAUUUCCAAGAUUUAUUUUAUUUUAUUUUAUGUAAUUUGAGUCUUUAAGAGAACUGAAAAAAAGGAAUGGAGGGAGAAAGUGGUCAAUUGGUAGUAGCCGGUCUAAUGUUCUCUAAUUUUUCUUUUGUUAUCAAUUGGCAUUUUUGCCAAAUUUGGCAAAUUGAGAAUCAAAUUUUAGUUCAUAAAUUUAUUUAUUUGUAAAA